AUGGCGGCUGCCCAGCUCUACUGUGUCUGCCGGCAGCCCUAUGAUUUUAACCUGUUUAUGAUCGAAUGCGACAUUUGUAAGGACUGGUUUCAUGGCAGUUGUGUCCAGGUAGUGGAGCACUAUGCCGCCGAUAUUGAUGUUUACCACUGUCCCAACUGUGAGCCCAUCCAUGGACGCUCUCUGAUGAAAAAGCGUAAUAACUGGCACAGGCAUGACUACACAGAGCCAGAUAACGGCACACGGCCGGUGCAAGCGGGAACUGCUGUGUUUGUACAGGAACUCCAGGCCAGGAGCUUCGCCAGCGGCAAUGAAAUUCUGGUGCAUAUGCAUGGGAGUCAGGUGACCCAACAGUACCUGGAGAAAGAGGGCUUCCAUUACCCAAUAGUGGUGCCUCAACUGGAUGGCCUGGGCCUUAAAUUGCCCCCUUCAUCUUUUUCUGUUAAAGAUGUGGAGCAUUACGUGGGUGCCAAUAAAGUUAUCGAUGUCAUUGAUGUUGCGAAACAAGCGGACAGCAAGUUGAAGCUGGGAGAGUUUGUGAAAUAUUUCUACCAGCCCGAACGGCCCAAAGUGUUAAACGUUAUCAGCUUGGAGUUCUCGGAUACAAAGAUGGCUGAUUUGGUGGUUGUUCCGGAAUUAGCGCAGAAGAUGUCCUGGGUGGAGAACUACUGGCCCGACGACUCGUUCUUCCCCAAACCAUUUGUGCAGAAGUACUGUCUGAUGGGAGUAAAGAACAGCUACACAGACUUUCACAUCGACUUUGGAGGGACCUCAGUGUGGUACCAUGUGCUCUGGGGUGAAAAGAUUUUCUACUUGAUCAAGCCGACUAAGGCUAACCUUGCACUAUAUGAGUCGUGGAGCUCAUCGCAUAAUCAGAGCGAAGUAUUCUUCGGCGAUAAAGUCGACAAGUGUUACAAAUGUGUGGUUAAGCAGGGAUCUACAGUCUUCCUUCCCACUGGCUGGAUCCACGCAGUGCUCACCUCUCAGGACUCCAUGGCGUUCGGGGGGAAUUUCUUGCAUAACUUAAACAUUGACAUGCAGCUCAGGUGUUAUGAGAUGGAACGUAGACUGAAGACUCCAGACCUCUUUAAAUUCCCUUACUUUGAGGCCAUCUGCUGGUAUGUGGCCAAAAACCUUCUGGAGACCAUGAAAGAGUUGCGGGAGGACAAAUGUCAACCUCAGGGUUUUCUGGUGAACGGAGUAAAAGCUUUAAUUUCAUCACUGAGGACAUGGCUGAGGAGAGAGCUGACUCAACCAAACAGUGAGGUUCCCGAUAAUAUCAGGCCAACACAUCUUAUUAAAUCUCUGACUAAGGAGAUCCGCUACCUGGAGGAAGAUCCUAAUAAAUUUGGAAAAUCUCAGGAAAGUGCCGAGUGCCCAUUAACACGCUCAUCACUGGAGAGGGGUUGUCAGGCACAGCGGGCGGCACGCCGGCUACAUCGACAUCAUCAUAAUCAUCACAGCCACAAACAUCCAUCUAAUCUGGACGUCCUGGAGCUUCACACGCUGGAGGUGCUCAAGAGACUGGAGGUCGGACAGCUGGAGGAGGAUCCAGUCUUUAACUCCAAAGUGAAUGGCAAGUUUAAGAAAGUUUCUUCAGUGUCUGCUGCGGCUGUUGAGGGUAAUAAUGAUAAUGCCCUGCGUCUGGUGCUGUGUAAUGGCAAAAUUAUGAGAGAGAGGCUGUCUGUUAGUAAUAGGGUGACCAAAGACAUUGGUGUGGAAAAGUCACAAGAGGUGAAGUUGGAAAGAUUGUCUGUACGCCCACAACAAGAAGUGAAAAAAGAAGAAACAGAGGAGGAUAUUGGAGUAUGUUGCACUAUCAAGGAAACAAUCAGCCAUGAUGAAGCUGUGAAGAAAGAACUCAGGACAGAAUCGUCACAACAUGUAGCAUCAUCAGACACAGACUCUGAGUCAGACGCAGAACAUUCUGCUGAGAAACACACAUCAGAGUCUGAGAGUUCUGAGGAUGAAGAUGCUGGACACCAGAGUGACUCAGGGAGCGGCCAGAGGCACAACCAUCAUGAGCGAUCACUAAAACGAGAACGUCCUACCUCACCAAACACCCAAAAUGCCAUUCAGGGCAUGCUGUCAAUGGCGGGGUUGCUGUGUCGAGAAGAGUCCGAAGAGGGCGCUAUUCUACAGCAGCCUUGGUGGUCCAACCAGGGUAGUAGCAGUGGUAACAGUAGCAGCAACAGUAGCAGUGACGCGUGGGACAGCAGCGAGCCCUGUUCGGCACCAAGAACCCCAGAUGGAGAGGGAGGAGGACUCCAUCUGGGAGAUGUGUACUUGUACAGGGAGAGCUCAGUUUCUCCUCCACUUCAUCCCUCCAAGAGACACGCCCCUAACCCCACACCCAUCAGCAACCAGGCCACUAAAGGAAAGCGUCCUAAAAAAGGACAAGCUACAGCUAAACAGAGGCUGGGGAAGAUAUUAAAGAUGAGCCGCCAUAAAGGCUUGUUCCUGUAGCACGAUGCCACGUGUAAUAAAUCAGCUGCUUUUCAUAAUACGCUGGGAUUAUCAUCACACACAGUUCUCUUACUCACUGUGCAUGUAUAGGUCACAGGGUAUGUUUAAUGGCUCACACUCAUUUUUGUAUACAAGUCAUUAUCCAUCAACGCAGGGAAAACU